GGGUUUUGAUUUUAGUUGGAGGGACUUUUUUUAGGGUUUUGGAGGCUCAAACUAAUUGCCUAGUUUCUUUGUUGAAUUUUGGUGAGAGAAAGCAUGGCUUGCAUGAAGCUGGGAUCCAAAUCUGAUGCUUUCCAGAGACAAGGCCAGGCUUGGUUUUGCACAACUGGACUUCCAAGUGAUAUUGUCGUUGAAGUUGGGGAGAUGUCUUUUCAUCUCCACAAGUUUCCCUUGCUCUCUAGAAGUGGAGUCUUGGAAAGAAGGAUUGCGGAGGCAUCAAAAGAAGGGGAUGAUAAAUGUCUCAUUCAGAUUUCUGAUCUUCCUGGCGGAGACAAAACGUUUGAACUAGUCGCCAAGUUCUGCUAUGGUGUGAAGCUUGAACUCACUGCUUCUAACGUUGUAUAUAUCAGAUGCGCUGCUGAGCAUCUCGAAAUGACUGAAGAGUAUGGGGAAGGAAAUCUUAUAUCUCAAACUGAAACAUUUUUCAAUCAAGUGGUCCUCAAAAGCUGGAAAGACUCAAUAAAAGCGCUUCAAAGCUGCGAUGAGGUCCUCGAGUAUGCUGAUGAAUUGAACAUUACCAAGAAAUGCAUUGAGUCACUAGCCAUGAGAGCAUCGACAGACCCAAACUUGUUUGGAUGGCCAGUUGUGGAGCAUGGUGGGCCCAUGCAAAGUCCAGGUGGCAGUGUUUUAUGGAAUGGGAUAAGCACCGGGGCUAGACCUAAACAUACUAGUUCAGAUUGGUGGUACGAGGAUGCGUCGAUGCUUAGUUUUCCUCUUUUUAAGAGACUCAUCACGGUCAUGGACUCCCGAGGCAUAAGAGAAGACAUCAUUGCUGGUUCCCUAACCUAUUACACAAGAAAACACUUGCCUGGCUUAAAAAGACGACGUGGUGGACCUGAAUCUAGUGGUCGUUUCAGCACACCUUUGGGCUCGGGGAAUGUACUGUCCGAGGAAGAGCAGAAGAACUUGAUUGGAGAGAUCCAGGAGCUUCUCCGUAUGCAAAAAGGUUUAGUUCCAACCAAGUUUUUCGUCGACAUGCUUCGAAUCGCCAAGAUUUUGAAAGCAAGUCCGGAUUGCAUAGCAAAUUUAGAGAAGAGGAUAGGGAUGCAGCUUGACCAGGCUGCGUUGGAAGAUCUUGUAAUGCCUAGCUUUUCUCAUACUAUGGAGACCCUGUACGAUGUUGACUCUGUGCAAAGGAUCUUGGACCAUUUUCUUGGGACAGAUCAGAUUAUGCCUGGUGGGGUUGGCUCUCCUUGUUCUUCAGUAGAUGACGGGAAUUUAAUCGGAUCCCCGCAGUCAAUAACACCAAUGACAGCGGUUGCAAAGCUGAUCGAUGGCUAUCUUGCUGAAGUUGCUCCUGAUGUCAAUCUUAAGCUUCCAAAGUUCCAAGCUUUAGCUGCUUCUGUUCCUGAAUAUGCUAGACUCUUAGAUGACGGACUCUAUCGCGCAAUAGACAUUUACCUAAAGCAUCAUCCAUGGUUAGCGGAAACAGAAAGAGAGAAUCUUUGCAGGUUGUUAGAUUGCCAGAAACUCUCUUUAGAAGCUUGCACACACGCGGCCCAGAACGAGAGACUACCGCUAAGAAUAAUUGUGCAAGUGCUCUUCUUUGAGCAACUACAGCUCAGAACCUCUGUAGCUGGAUGCUUCCUGGUUUCAGACAACCUCGAUGGCGGAUCAAGACAGUUAAGAAGCGGAGGAUUUGUAGGAGGAUCAACCGAAGGAGGAGGAGGAGGAGGAUGGGCAACCGCAGUAAGAGAGAAUCAAGUACUGAAAGUUGGAAUGGACAGUAUGAGAAUGCGAGUUUGUGAGUUAGAGAAAGAAUGUUCCAACAUGAGACAAGAGAUUGAGAAACUCGGUAAGACGACAAAAGGUGGUGGUUCUGCAAGCAAUGGAGGCGGUAGCAAAACAUGGGAAAACGUUUCUAAGAAACUCGGGUUCGGUUUUAAGCUGAAGUCACAUCAAAUGUGCAGUGCUCAAGAAGGAUCUGUGUCUAAGUCUAACAACGAGAAUGUGAAGAUAGAGAAGCUAAAGGAUGUUAAAGAACGUCGUGGGAAGCAUAAGAAAGCUUCGAGCAUUAGUUCUGAGAGGUGAAAAUGGUAAAUUUCCACGGUUCAAAUGUCCAGUUACUGUGUUUUGGACAUUGUUUAGCUAAAAAAAAUGAGAGCUUCCAUUGUUAAAUGUGUGCAUUGUAGGCUUGUAAUCAUGUUUUCUUUUUUCAAUUGAUUAUGUAACUUUGACGACCAACUAUAUUUUGUCAUUUUUAUAUUUUUAUUUGAACCUCUAAGAAAAUUCGAAAGUGUCA